UUUUUUUAGUGUGUCUUUAAAAAAAAAAUUAAUUUUUGAGUGUGACUUGAUGAAGUUUUUGAUGACUUGUAAGUGUACUUGUUAGGUGUUCUACAUAGCUGUCACCAUAUACUUUACUUUAAUUUGUUUUCUUUUGUUUAGUUAUUCAUAAUUGAUUUUGGAUUGCUUGUACCUUUAAUUCUUUCCAUAAUUUUGUUUUUAAUUUAAUCUGUUUCCAACAGAAAUCGCUUAUCUGGAUCUGUUUUUUUGUUUUUAAUCCGCCAAUGUUUGUAUCUCUGUAGCACUGACAACUCUGAUCAAAGGUAGGAAAAGAUGGCUAAAUUAACAAAGGAGGAAGAGAUGAGUGGUCCUAGUUGGGGUGCUUCGUUUUUUAUGCAGACAACAGAAGAUGUGGCUAAAGCUGUUGCUGCUGCUAUGAAUACUCCACGGCCGUCGGUGAUAUAUUCGUCGAAAAAUGAACAGGGUGGCAGUCAACUUCAAAGGCUGCAGAAUCAAGUUACCAAAAUGAUUAAAGGCUUUUCUCGUCCUCCGGAAGUUAAAUAUGCAAAUUACAAUCCGGAGAUCUUGACAAGUCAGAAGCGUCAAUGGGCCGCAAACUUUCAUUUGCAGUACAAUGAUCACAGGGCUUGGAAGGAGCCGACAAAGUUGUAUGAAAGCAUGGUGGUUGUUGGACUUCAUCCUAAUUGUGACAUUCAGGCACUGCAAAGGCAAUAUUUUGUUAGAAAGUCUGAAGGCUCUGGUAAAUUGAGAAGUGCACUUGGUUAUCAGAAUCAAUCCCGUGUCGAGCCCAAUGUUGAGCCUCAGGUCUUAUUCGUUUACCCUCCAGAAAAGCAGCUGCCUCUUAAAGAAAAGGAUCUUCUUUCUUUCUGUUUCCCUGGAGGUCUGGAGGUUAAGGCUGUUGAGAGAACCCCUUCCAUGAGUGAACUGAAUGAAAUUCUUUUCGGACAGGAACACCUUAAACAAAGGGAUCUGUCUUUUGUAUUUAGGUUACAGGGUGCUGAUAAUUCAACACUUUAUGGGUGUUGUGUCUUAGUUGAAGAGCUGGUGCAUAAACCCUCAGGGUUACUAUCUAUGAUUUCGGAUAAGCAGCCAUCCAACUCUUCUUUGAGACGCCAUAUAUUAACCACACAAAGAUGUUACUGCAUUCUUUCAAGGCUCCCAUUUUUUGAGUUGCACUUCAGUGUAUUGAACAGCAUCUUCAUGCAAGAAAGGCUGGAGCGGUUGACAAAAAGUGUUGAGUAUUUAGAUUUAGAAUUUGCUGAAGGUAGUUAUGAGGAAGAAAACUCAGAAGGAAAUUCAGAGUGUGUUUUGGUGAAUGAUAGACUUGCAGAAGACAAACUUGAUGAGAAUCCAAGAACUUCUGAAUCAAACCUAAUAAAUUCCCUACCUGAAAACAUUGAAGGUGAUGGUAUUCAUCCAGACAAACAAAUGAUUAAUGAGGAGCUGCAUACACUUAAGGUGGAAGCAGAUGAUGACAAUAUUGUGCCUAUUCAUCCUGAAACUGAUGGAAAGAUUGCCAAAGAAGAAUCUGGCCCUACAAUUGCUGAAGAUAAUAAUACGUAUGGUGAUGCUUUGGUAGCAAACAAACAGUCAGAAGAUAGGCGUUUACCAAAUGCCGUUUUGCCCCUCCUGCGGUACUACCAGUAUGAAAGCUCCGAAUCUUCCUGCAGUUUUCAAGGUUCACCUUGUGAAGAUAGGAUUUUUAGGAGUGAUGCUGAUGAUACCGAGACAGAGGCCUCAUUCUCGGGACAAGAGGAUUUGAAUGACCUACAUGAGAUUCUUGAAUGGGCCAAGGCAAAUAAUUGUGGACCAUUACAAAUUAUAAGUGAAUAUUAUCGUUUUCGUUGCCCUACAAGGGGAUCAACUCUUAUCUUUCAUCCUUUGGAGCACCUUCAUCCCUUGGAAUAUCACAGGCUAGAUGAGAAUGAUCUUUAUCUCUCUGGUUCAACUAUUGAUUUGAAAUCCUGUAGUACGGGUCUGGAAUUAGCCGAGGCACAAAACUCUCUUCUGGUUGCAGAGGAGGCAACUGCACUAUCUAUAUGGGCUGUAGCUUGCUUAUGUGGUACUUUGAGACUUGAACAUGUGUUGACAUUCUUUGUAGGAGCUCUACUGGAGAAGCAGAUAGUAGUUGUCUGUUCUAAUUUGGGAAUCCUAUCUGCGUCAGUUUUAUCAGUCAUUCCACUAAUCCGACCCUACCAAUGGCAAAGCCUGCUAAUGCCGGUUUUACCAAAUGACAUGCUUGACUUUCUGGAUGCUCCUGUCCCUUACAUAGUUGGUGUCAGGAACAAGACAAAUGAAGUUCAGUCAAAGUUAACCAAUGUUAUUCUGGUUGAUGCCAACAGAAACCAGGUGAAGUCACCAUCACUACCUCAACUGCCAAGACAGAAAGAGCUAAUGUCUUCUUUACGCCCUUUUCAUUCAACUCUCGUCGGAGAAAGUUACUUGGGUAGGAGAAGGCCAGUGUACGAAUGCACUGAAGUGCAGGUAGAAGCUGCCAAGGGAUUCUUAUCAGUGUUGAGGUCUUAUUUGGAUUCCCUUUGCUGUAACAUCCGUUCACAUACAAUAACCAAUGUACAAUCGAAUGACGAUAAGGUAUCAUUGCUUUUGAGGGAGAGUUUCAUUGAUUCAUUCCCUUAUCGUGAUCGGCCUUUUAUGAAGCUUUUCGUGGAUACACAGCUCUUCUCUGUACACACAGAUCUUAUUCUCUCUUACUUCCAAAAGGAAUAGGGAUGAAAUGCAAAACAUUUUGGGAAUAUAACUUCCUAUGUAAAGCCUGAGCACAAGUUCAGUGUUGUAUAAUUUCGCUAAAUGUGAGCUAAAAUUUUGUCCCAAAUAGAUGUUACGUGAAAUUCCAUCCGCGUUCGCCCUUUUCUCCUUUAGGGUUUUAGUACAACCUGUACAUAGGUAAAUGAGAAUUCAAUCUUAAUUAGAUUUAUAGGGUUUUAUUUAAUGUAAAUGACAAAUUUUCAUACACAUGGAAAAUCAAUGCUUUAUAAGGUGUGGUCAAAGUUAUUAAAUUAUGGCCAUGGUGUCUUGAAAUUUUACAAUGGGAAUAACAUUGUGGAGUUACUGCAGUGUGUUUUUGUCAUA